AUGCAUACUUACUGCGGGCUGCGGAAGAACGUUUCCUUUUCCAGCGACCGCGUCGGCCUCACCCGCUCGGCCAUGUUCCUCUUCAUUUUCAUCAUCAUCCACGCUGUCGGCAACCUGCACGUCUUCCUAGGCCCGGAUGACUUCAAUGGCUACGGCUACUUCUACGUGCGGCUUUACUGGACCGGCUUCGGGUUCCAGGCCAACAUCGUGGAGGAGUACAUCCUGCUUGCGGCGUUGCUGCACAUCGUGGUGGCCCUGAAGAGGACCUGGGACAUCAGCCUCAACUACAACUUGAACACAGGGAAGAUGAACCUGGCUCUCUCGGGCAUCAGCCUGCUGACCUUCAUGAUGAUCCACCUCUACCAGUUCCGGAACCUCUUCUGGGUGGACACCCCGGGCUGCGAGUCCGUGUACGUGCGUGACAUCUACCGCAUGGAGUUCGAGAUCUUCCAGUCCCUUGGCUGGGUCCUCUUCUACAUGUCGGCGGUGAUCAUCUUCAGCACACACAUGUGCUUGGGCUGGCAGAAGGCUGUGCCAGCGCCACACCUAGAGAUCCCCAAGAAGUACCACAGCCGAGCUGUGCACAUGGGGUACAUCUUCACCCUCUUCAUCUCCCUGAUUUACAUCAGCUUCCCGCUGUAUUGCCAUCUCGUCCUCAGGAAGUUUGAGCACAGAGCCAGCGACGCCAUGAGCGCCUGGUGUCACAAGUAUGGCCCCUUAGACUUUGCUUUCGCCAUGGCGUGCUCAUUUCCGACCAACCAAGCCAUUGUCGUGGGUGGCGGGCUGGGAGGUAUGUCCGCAGCCAACACCGUGGUCGAGAACGGCGGCCGAGUUGUGUUGCUCGACAAGUCGUCCUUCUGCGGCGGCAACAGUACGAAGGCCACGUCGGGCAUCAACGGCGCAGGUACCAAGACCCAAAAGGCCAAGGGCAUCCCGGACAACGCCGAGAUCUUCACUGCGGACACCCUCAAGGGAGGCGCGAAGAAGCCGGAGCUUGCGAAGCUGCUUUGCGACAACAGCGCCGCGGAUGUCGAUUGGCUGGUGGAGAAGUUCAACCUGGACCUGUCUCUGGUCGCGCGCCUGGGAGGCCACUCUCAGCCGCGAACGCACCGCGGCAAGGAGCGAUUUCCUGGCAUGACCAUCACCUACGCCCUGAUCCAGAUGUUGGAGAAGGUGGCCGAGAAGACCGACCUGGCCCGCAUCAUCACCAAGGCGAAGGUGUUCAAGCUCGUCACGGACGGCCCGGCCUGCGUGGGCUGCGUCUACGAGAAGGGCGGGCAGAAUUUUCAAGAGUUCGGCCCGGUGAUCCUGGCGUCAGGCGGCUUCGGCGCCGACUUCACCCAGGACUCCCUCCUUGCCAAGUACCGGCCCGACCUCCUGCACCUGCCCACCACCAACGGUGAGCACUGCACUGGCGAUGGCAUCAAGAUGGGUGAGGCGAUUGGCGCCAAGACCAUCGACCUCGAGUGGGUCCAGGUGCACCCGACCGGACUUGUGAAGCCGGACGACGCGGAUGCCAAGAUCAAGUUCCUGGCCGCGGAGGCCCUGCGCGGCGUGGGCGGCAUCAUCCUCAACGCGGAAGGCAAGCGCUUCUGCAACGAGCUGGGGCGCCGCGACUACGUCACCGGCGAGAUGUGGAAGAGCAAGCCUCCUUUCCGGCUGUGCCUCAACAAGGCAGCAUCGGACGAGAUCAUCUGGCAUUGCAAGCACUACACUGGUCGAGGCGUCAUGAAGAGCUACGCGAGCGGCGAGGAGCUUGCAAAGGACAUGGGCGUCCCCCUGUCCGUCAUCGAGCAGGCGCAUGAGGAUCAUUACCAGGCAGCCAAGAAGACGGAGUCGGACCCCGAUGGAGGCAGCUGGCCCGCGUAUCCCUCCGGCAAGUCCUGGGAUGAGGCCAGUGGCAAGACCGGCAGCGGCAAGAAGUUCUACCACAACAUCAUUCCGGGCUCUGCGGUGAAGAGCGAGCCCUUCUACGUGGCCAUCAUCACGCCGGUGAUCCACUACUGCAUGGGCGGCCUGCUCAUCGACACGGACUCCGCGUGCAUCGGCUCCAAGAACGUGGCGAUCCCGGGCCUGUACGCUGCUGGCGAGGUCGCCGGCGGCGUGCAUGGCAACAACCGCCUGGGCGGCAACUCCCUGCUGGACUGCGUGGUGUUCGGCCGCGUGGCCGGCAUUGCAGCCGCCAAGUACAUGCUGGGUCCGGACAUGAAGCCUGUGGACCUGAAAGACAUCACUGGCGGAGGCCUCACUGGCGCCGUGGAAAGCUCCAAGCUGGCCGGCGGCUCCUACGAAGACAAGAUGAACUCUGCCGCGCCCGCUGCAGGAGCCGCACCUGCGGCCGGUGGCGGCGGCGGUGGCGGUGGCAUCACCCUUGCCGACGUUGCCAAGCACAACACGAAGGCGGACUGCUGGGUGGUGGUCGAUGGCCAGGUGCUGGAUGUCACCAGCUUCUUGUCGGAGCACCCCGGCGGCGAGCUGGCCAUCCUCACCUUCGCCGGCAAGGACGCCACGGAGGAGUUCAACAUGAUCCACCCCCCAGAUGUGAUCGGCAAGUACGCCCCUGACUCGGUGGUUGGCAUGAUCGGCGGCGGCGGAGGUGGUGGCGGUGGCAUCACCUUGGAGGUCUUGGACGUCACGUCCUUCCUCUCCGAGCACCCGGGUGGCGAGCUGGAAUACCCGCAUUUUCUUGAUUUCCUGCCGUCAAGGCUCAGUACCCUCCAGGCCAAGAACUGGUCGAAGUCCGAGAAGAACCGGGAGUUGCGAAUGAAGGGCGCCCUCCUCAGACGUCGUAGUAGGAUCCCUGAGAUCCUCUUCACCAUCGUGCCGCAGAGCAACGUGACCAUCACCGGCGACCGCGUUGGCCUCACCCGCUCAGCGUUCCUCUUCAUCUUCAUCAUCAUCCAUGCCGUGGGCAACUUGCACGUCUUCCUAGGCCCGGAUGACUUCAACGGCUACGGCUACUUCUACGUGCGCCUCUACUGGACGGGCUUCGGCUUCCAGGCCAACAUUGUCGAGGAGUACAUCCUGCUCGCGGCUCUGCUCCACGUCUUCGUGGCCUUGAAGCGCACGUGGGACAUCAGCAUGAACUACUCCGUGGCCUCCGGAAAGCUCAACUUGGCCUUCUCUGGCGUCACGCUGCUCACGUUCAUGAUGAUCCACCUCUACCAGUUCCGAUUCGGCGACACCCAGCCGUGGAAGCUUUGCCCGCCGCCGUACCUUCUCAACUUGAAGACGCUGCUCCAGCUCAGGCUGAACCUCUUCUGGGUGGACGAUCCGGGCUGCGAGGCGGUGUACGUCCGCGACAUCUACCGCAUGGAGUUCGAGAUCUUCCAGUCCUUGGGCUGGGUGCUCUUCUACCUGGCGGCCGUGAUCAUCUUCAGCACGCACAUGUGCCUCGGCUGGCAGAAGGUUGUGCCCGCGCCAGCCUUGGAGAUCCCCAAGAAGUACCACAGCCGGGCCAUCCACAUGGGCUACGUCUUCACCUUCUUCAUCGCCCUGGUGUACGUCAGCUUCCCGCUCUACACCCACAUCUUCGCCAUGUCCUCCGGCAGCCUCAGUGUUGAGCCGGCGCAGCCAUAA